AUGGUUGCCCCUCCUAAUCUAGAAGAAGGGCAAUCAACUACAAGACCACCAAGAUUCAACGGUGAAUAUUAUGGAUGGUGGAAAACAAGAAUGCAUGAUGUCAUCAUGAUUGAGGACUAUGAGCUGUGGAAUGAUAUAGAAGAUGGUCGUUUUGUUCCUACAAGAAUAGUGAAGAUUGGUGAACCGGAAGCGCCCCUUCUUUCAAAGAGAAGAGGACGGGUUAUUCACAUUUCAUUUGAUGGUCAGAGGCGAAUUGACAGGAAAAAGAUAGAGAAGAACUACAGGGCCAAAGAAAUACUUGUGUGUGGUAUAGAUCCUGAUGAGUACAACAGAAUCUCUGCUUGUCAAACGGGUAAGGAAAUUUGGGGUUUUCUUCAAAUAGCCCAUGAAAAAAACACUCGGGUUAAGUAUUCCAAGAAAGGUGAAUCCAUUCAGGAGAUGCACAUAAGAUUCACUGCAAUAACAAAUGAGCUCUACUGUCUGGGUGAAGUCAUUCCUACCCACAAGCAAGGUCUUAAGGAAGGAAAGGGCAGUGACACAUGUCACAAAUGCGGCAAGUUUGGUCACUACAUCAAGAAUUGCCAAAUGCAUAAGCUAGAAUAUGCUAGGCAAGUUGAUGGUAAAGAAAAAGGAAAGGAUCAGGCUCCUGUAAGGCUAAGCAAGAAGACUGAGGCAAACAAAGUUGUCAAUCAGGUGUUGGGAGCCUAUUGGGUUGAUUCUUCUAGUGAUUCAGAUGAGUUAGAACAAGAAGGAGAUACAUCCAUGAUGGUAAUGGAAGAUGAAGUGUCAGCCUUUCACUUGCUUUUUGCUCUGAUGGAUGGUAGUGAUAAUAAGGAAGAAAAAUUUGUCACUCUCCUUGACAUCAAUGAAAAUCUAAAGGAUUACUCACUGAAUAAAAUGAGAUCUCUUGCCUCUGUAUUAAUUAAUUCUCUGAAUGAUCUUGCUAGAGACAAGAAAAAUCUAAAGAAAUCUUUGGAAAAAUGUGAGGAAGAAGUAAUUAAAAUGAGUGUUCAAGCAACUGAACUCACAAAUGAAAAGAGAAUAUUAAAGGAAGAAUUAGGAAAAUAUGAAGAAGAAGAACAAGAAGAAGUAGUUGAACUUAAUGUGCAAAUUGCAAGCAUCAAGCCACCUGCAACACUCUUGCUUGUGAAAAUGCCUACUAAAAAAAGGGUAGAUGAAAUAUCAAAGCGGAAUCUAAAAGGUAAAAGUGAAGGAAGUAGAAUACAGUUUCAACUGGAAGAAGAAUUGACACAUGCCAAGGCUGAACUAGUUGCCUCCCUUAAUAGAAACUCUACCCUUGAGGAGGAACUAAUCAGGAUGAAUACUGAACUUGAGAAAGCUCUCAAGUGGACUGGCCCUUCACAAGCAAUGACUAACCUUGCCAACCAAGAAUCCAGUAUAAAAGGGGGUUUGGGUUACAAUAUCCAAGAAGAUGGAUCUAGCAUCUUAGCCAGUCAUUAA